AUGGACCCCACCAAUCUCUAUGGAAUUUGCAUAGGAAGCAUUGUCUUCUUGCUUGUGGUUUUGUCAUUUUGUCAUUCACUAUUCCAAGCCAUAUUUAAGCGAGCGCGUCGUUUCUUCCUUCGUCAAAUUUACUUCUCGCUGCUUCCCCGGUGGCUUGGCGGGUAUUUCAGACUAUCACGAUACUGCGGCUUGUUGAUCAUCCUAUAUAUCAAUGCUAAUAUCUGCUUACUUGCUCUCGAUCUCCAAGACAAGUCGGACUUUAUACGAAGACUUGGAAGAGCGGCCUUGACAAAUCUUGUCCCCCUCUGUGCCGGUGGCCGUUUCAAUCCAAUUGCGAAUCUUCUUGCCAUUCGUACGGAUAACUAUCUUCUGCUACAUAAAUGUAUAGGGAUAGUUUUUAUCAUUGAAACGGCUAUGCACUCCGUAUUGUCGUGGAAUGGCGACGUUAUCGAUCUCAGGAGAUGGUCUGAUAAAGCGGGUCUGAUUGCCGCAAGCUCAGUAGGUGCUCUCGCCUUGACAUCGUUCCCUACCAUCUGGCGAUGGAUGUACGAGUCUUCGUCAGCCUUGCACCUAGCUUUUUCAACUACAGCUGUCAUAAGUCUCUGGUUUCACCUUACUCCAACAACACUUAUAGAAACGCCCAGACUAUAUCUUGUUCUAGCAAUAUCGGCAUUCAUAUUUGUCAAGGCACUUAGGCUUCUUAAAAUUCUUUUUAUCAACAUUUCAGCUGCGUCUAUUUCUACCGCCAGUAUUCAACAAAUUGGAAAUGGUAUAGAAAUCCAGGUAAGUAUGCCCCGUCCUCUGAAAUAUCGUGCUGGGCAAUUUGUAUUCCUGAGCAUUCCGAGGCUUGCUGCUUUCCAGUUUCACCCUUUUCAAGUUGCCUGGGAGUACCUCGGCAACGACGGACGCCAGGUUCUUGUAUUUGUUAUUCAGCCGCGUCACGGUUUCACAGGGCGACUUCGCUUGGCAAAUCCAACGAAAGAUUAUACAGCGUUCAUAGAAGGGCCGUACGGAAAUCCCACUGCUCUAGAUCAGUAUGGAACGGUAUUGCUCUUUGCUACAGGUAUCGGUAUUGCAGGUCAACUGUCCUAUAUGAAGGAGCAACUGCGGCUUUACAGAGGAUGGCAAACAAAAACCCGAAGACAUGUCCUGUUUUGGGAAAUGGAUGCCGAAGAGUACAGGUAUUGGGUGAACGAAUGGAUCAACGAAAUUUUGUCAUGGAACAUCGAUUACGUUGACAUCCAGCUUUACGUACGAGGGCAGUUCCUGGCCAAAGAUGCUGAGAAAGGUGUAUCCAUGAAGAAAGGAGAAAGACUCCUCCGGCUUACCUUGAACUAUUUCGCUAUGGAACCGGAGAACCUGAUACACGCGGAGAUCCAAAGGCGGGAGGGCCGAGGACGUAUGCUCGUGUCACUCUGUACGGAUUCUUCUACGGCUAGAACAGUAACCAAGGUGAUGCGCCCCCUGCUCGGAGACGAUAUCGACCUAGUAGAGCUAGACUUUUGUCCAUGGUCGGGAUCGAGACGUCGCGAAGAGCCUAUACCGGGGGUUUGCGAUUGA